AUGGUGAAGAUCGGAAUGAACAGGUUUGGCCGUAUUGAGUGCCUAGUCACCAAGGCUGCCUUUUACUCUGGCAAAGUGGAUGUUGUCACCAACAAUGACCCUUUCAUUGACCUCAACUACAUGGUCUACUUGUACCAGUAUGAUUCUACUCACAAGGCUGAGAAUGGUAAGUUUGUCAUCAAUAGAAAGUCCAUCUCCAUCUUCCAGGAGCAAGAUCCUGCCAAUAUCAAAUGGGAUGAUGCUGGUGCUGAAUAGGCUGUGGAGUCCACUGGUAUCUUCACCACUGUGGAAAAGGCUGGGGCUUACUUAAAGAGUGGAACCAAGGGGGUCAUCAUCUCUGCCCCUUCUGAGGAUGCCCCCAUGUUUGUGAUGGGUGAGAACCAUGACAAGUACAAGAACUCCAUGAAGAUUGUCAGCAAUGCCUCCUGUACCACCAACUGCUUGGCCCCCCUGUCCAAGGUCAUCUAUGGCAAUUUUGACAUUGUGGAGGAACUCAUGACCACAGUCCAUACCAUCACUGUUACCCAGGAGACGGAUGGGCCCUCUGGCAAGCUGUGGUGGGAUGGCCAAGAGGCUGCCCAGAACAUCAUCCUUGCUUCUACUGGUGCUGCCAAGGCUGUGGGCAAGGUCAUCCCUGAGCUGAAUGGGAAGCUCACUGACAUGGUCUUAUGUGCCUCCACCCUCAAUGUGUCAGUUGUGCAUCUGACCUGCCACCUGGAGAAAGCUGCCAAAUAUGAUGACAUGAAGAAAGUAGUGAUGCAGGUAUCAGAGAUCCCUCUCAAGGGCAUCAUGAGCUAUACUCAGGACCAGGAUAUCUCCUGUGGCUUUAACAGUGACACCCUCUCCUUCACCUUCCAUGCCAGGGCCGGCAUUGCCCUCUAUGACCACUUUGUCAAGCUCAUUUCCUGGUAUGACAAUGAAUUUGGCUACAGAGACAGGAUGGUGGACCUUGUAGUCCACAUGGCCUCCAAGGCAUAA